AGAAAGCUCUUCAGUGUUGUAUGAUCGUAAUAUUUUUCCGACUAUCAAUACCGUUUGGCUCAGAUUGUACAGUAGAUGCGCAUUAAUAACCGGCUACGAGGAAUUUGAGCCAUUUGUGCUGCGUUAUAGUGCGCAGAGGAACAUUUUUUUCUAUGUACCUUCCUGGACCAGUCUGUCGGCUGCUUACUUUGAAGACCACUCUUAAACCCAGAGCUCAGUCCGUGCUGGAGGCGCCCAGAGGAGAGUUACCGUAUGGCGUGGCUGCUUAGCGCAGAGGAAAGGACGGGAGAAAACUAUUAUUUUUUGUAGAAGCAUUCAUGUUUUCGCCUUUUAAUCUGUGUAAUUUUAAAACAGACUGCGCCGUCUGAACUGGAUUGUGGAUUAUUUUUUUGUGAAAAACCGUAGACUUUUGGAGUGUCUAAAACUCGUGGAUCGAUGAGAGAAGACAGGCAUACCGGCUCCCCUGCAGUUUUGAGAGAGAAAGAGAGGCGAUUGCAGUUGAGCACAGAGGAGGGGAACGCGACGCAAGGGUGCCGAAUUCACAGUCAUGAGUAGGGCUCUCGCAGACCCCAUCGCAACCAGCUUCAGAGAGGAUGCUCCUCGUCCCCCCGUCCCGGGGGAAGAGGGCGAGACGAAAUGCUACAACCCCUGCAAGUUCGCCGUGAUGAGACUCAAGGAUACGGUUAAAUCCGCUGUAAAAGUCGCCCCUCCUGGCUCCGCGGCGAGGAGGGAUGAGGAUGGACUCGGGGAGCCGGAGGGAAGCGCCUCACCGGAUUCGCCCCUCGCGCGGUGGACCAAGUCUUUGCUUUCGCUUCUUGGAGACCAAGACGGUGCUCAACUUUUUCGGACAUUUCUGGAGCGAGAGAAAUGUGUGGACACGCUAGACUUUUGGUUUGCCUGCAACGGUUUCAGGCAAAUGGACCUCAAGGAUACCAAAACGCACCGAGUGGCUAAAGCAAUUUACAAGCGAUAUAUUGAAAACCACAGCGUGGUCGCCAAGCAGCUGAAGCCGGCGACCAAGACCUUUAUUCGGGAUAGCGUCAAGAGGCAACAAAUUGACUCAUCGAUGUUUGAUCAGGCACAGACGGAGAUUCAGACAGCGAUGGAGGAGAACGCUUACCAAAUGUUUCUCACCUCCGACAUCUACCUCGAUUACGUCCGGAGUGGGUGCGAGAAUGCCGCUCACGGCAGCCCGGAUGGGCUGGGCAGCCUCAAACUUGUGUGCGGCUACUUACCCACCCUUAACGAGGAAGAGGAAUGGAGUUGCAGUGACUUUAAAGCCAAAGCCUUAGCCUCUAUGGUCGGACUGUCAGCGAAAGCCCUCCGGGCAGCUCCCUCUGUGAGGGCGGUGGAGGCGCUGGAGAGAGGAUACAGGUCGCACAGACGUGGGGAGUCAGCGAGUCCCUUUCACAUCAGCACCGGUCUCGCCUUCGCUCCGGCCUCCAGUGCCAACGACAGCGAGAUCUCCAGUGAUGCCAUGACGGACGACUCCAUGUCCCUGGCAGACAGUGUGGACGGGGUGUGUGUGCAGCAGCUGGGCUCCAGGAAGCAUCUGCAGCGGGAGAUGCAGCGCAGCAUGAGGAUCAACGGCCAGGUGUCGCUACCUCACUUUCCUAAGGGGAGGAGGCCACCGCGUGAGAUGGGUCCGGUGGAGCCGGCAGAGUUUGCCGCCCAGCUGACUGCCCGUCUGGAGCGCCUCAAGAGGGAGCAGGACAGCAUGAGCUUCCUGGAGGAGAGACUGCAGCAGAUCCAGGAGGAGGAGGAGCGUGACGACACCGAGGCGUCGUGUGGCAUGUCCUCUCUCAGCCCGCACCCGCUCUCCCUGCCGUCCACGUCCUCCUGCGACGAGGACGCGCAGGCCAUCCUAGACGAGCACCUGUCCCGCGUCCUCAAGACCCCCGGCUGCCAGUCGCCCCCACGCUCCCGCUCCCCUGACCGCCACCACCGCUCCCCCCUGGCCCGCGCCAAGCUCCCGUUCUCCUCCUCCCCCGCCGGCCCGCCGUUCGGCUGCUACGCCCUGAGCCCCACUGGCGGCACGUCCGGCGGCCCCAGCCCCCACCACCACCACCACCACCACCAGACCACGUUCGUGUCGCGCCAGUCCACCCGGCACAUCCACCACCACAUCCACCACCACCACGCCGGCGGCAGCGUUGGCGCCGGCCCCGGUGCGGCUUCACCGCCAGCCCUCCAGCAGUUGAGGCUGGAGGGCGGCGCCCAAGGGUGCAGGUCUCUGUCAGCCGGGCCAGGUGGCCUGGUGCCGCGCAGCCGGAGCUUGGGCCGGGAGCAGCAGGGAGAGGGAAGCCCCACCACCGAGCUGCCCCUCGGGCACUCAGGCAUCCUCUCCCAGCGACUGUGGAAGUCCGGCGAGGAGGUCUCCUCCGAGAGCGGCGAGGCCGACGGCAUACAGCUGCCCACCGACACCACUGACCGCUCGCAGAACGUCUGGCAGUGGAUCAUGGAGAGCGGCCGGCAGCCUCGGCACAAGACUAACGGGGUUGCCCAGGGUGCCAAGCGGUGGCAUGGUGCCGAGCCCUCCUCCUCCUCCACCUCACGCACGCCUACCUGGGGCGGCGGUGGCAGCAGUGGCCACCUGCGUGCCCACCAGCCAGCCCACCCAUUCGUCCAGGACCCGGCCAUGCCCCCACUGCCCCCUCCCAACACCCUGGCCCAGCUGGAGGAGGCCUGCCGACGCCUGGAGGAGGUGUCCAAGCCCCCCAAACAGAGGCACUCUCCGUCCAGCGUGCAGAGAGAGCGAGGCCCCGGAGCCACUGUCCAGAAUGGCCCGUCGUCUCAGCUGGGCCUUGGCCUGCAGACCGAUGAGCCGAAGGAGGUGAGGAAGCAGGCCAGUUGUCAAGGCUCGCCGGGUGGCGCUGAGACGGUGGUGACGUACUUCUUCUGCGGCGAGGAGAUCCCGUACCGGCGCGUGAUGAAGACGCACAGUCUCACGCUCGGACACUUCAAGGAGCAGCUCCGCAAAAAGGGCAACUACAGGUACUACUUCAAGAAGGCCAGCGAUGAGUUUGAGUGUGGCGCCGUCUUUGAGGAGGUGUGGGAGGAUGCCAGCGUGCUGCCCAUGUACGAGGGCAAGGUCCUGGGGAAGGUGGAGAGGAUGGACUGAGCCACUGUUCCGGAUGCUUCUCCCACUCUUCCCCCACUCCACCCCACCCCACCCAUCUAAAGCUGCUUAUGCUCCUCUCCAACUCCCUGGGAGGGCAGAACCCUCAAAAAAGCUCACCCUGGACAUCUACAGAGGACCUUCACCAGGAACAAGGACCCUCUCAUGAGAUGGACCUUAUGAAAGCUUCUCACUGGAGACUUUCAGGCUACAUGUGCGUUCUAAUUCUCUUCCAGAGGACUUUUAUUCCACAAAAGCUAUUGAAGGAAUACUAGCCAAUGAAGGAACGAUGCAAGAAGGUGCCGGAAAAGGGGAGGCGAGUCCGAGUUGACCCCUGCACCUAAUGGACAUUAAGAAGAGGCAGCAAGAGGGACAUGUGAAGCCGCUGUCUGGGAGAGUGUGUCGGGGACAUGAAAGCUACCACGCUCUGUGACACGCUCUGUGGCACCUCACCGUUGUUGGAUUGUGUGUGUGUGUGUGUCAGUCUGUGAUCAGGAGAGACUCCUACCACAGGGACUGCUUGUCUGGACUGUGAGUUAAGGACGAGGAUUGUUGUUCCACGCGUGUUCCCUGAUAUUAUGCUACAUCAGGCAUAGAGCCUACAUGUUCUGAGACAUGCCAUCUAUCUACAACAAUUAGUGCUAAUUGUCGAUUCCUUAUUGGGUGUGUAUGUGUGUGUGCCUGUGUUUUGUGUUUUUGUGAGUGAGAGAGAGAGAAAGAGAGAGUGGGUGUGGGUUUGCAAAAGGUCCUCAUAUGUAAACAUGUAUGUAUUAAUUUUUAUAUGAUUUAAGUUUAAAAGACUAUAUAUUUAUUUAUCUUAAAAGAGUGUCAUUCCUGUUCCCAUAACCCUCCCCAUGUCCAGUAGAUGGACAAGCUGCUUUUUGGGAGAUAUCAGACAGAAAUCUCAUCUCCUUCCACCAUCCUUCCUGAAACUAGCUGCUCCAGGAGUCUCAGUAUGGGCCAAUCAGAAUGUCUUUAUGUCAGUGCCAGCCAAUCAGAAUGUGUAGAAUUUAGAUGGUCCCACCCAAAGUGCAAGAGUCCAUAUUUAGCAUUUGAUUGUUUUGUUUUGUUUUGUUUUUUUACAUUUUAACAUUUACAAUUAGAACAAAAUGUUGAUAGAUCGAUGGAUUAUACAUAAUCACCAGUGGUAGUUUUAAUUAAAGAUCUCAACAGAUCUAGGUACUUUCUAAUGCUAUACACAGUUUCACUGUCUAGAUAGUGGCUCUAGUGCCUUUAGUUCAUGGCCAGAUAAAGGAUAGAGUAAGAAUGAAUGAACACAAGAAGUGAAUGAU